AUGACAGAAUAUUUAAAAAGAAGACAAGCAAAUGAAUCCUCUUCAGCAUCAUCUGCUGAAUCACUAUCAUUUUCAUCAUCUUCUUCCUCGCCUUCAUCAUCAUCUUCUUCGUCAUCUAGAUCAAGAAGUUCAAGAAAACACUAAUCAAUAAAGAAAUAUUAAAAAAGUAGUAAGAUGCAAUCCAAGAAUCAACUGUUAAAGGCUUAUGCUUCAUUAGAUAAGAUGAAGCAGAAGUAUUUAUAAAAAAUAGGUUAUACUGAUUAGGACAAUCCUUAUGGUGAUAAAAAUUUAGCUAAGUCUUUAAUCUGGAAAAGUAAGUUAGAUGAAAAAGGUCUGCAUGGAAUAUCUGAGCAUGAAUUGAAAGAGAAAUUAGAUGAUAUGUUGAAAGAAAUAGAAAAACUAAAAUCUUAAAGGUAGAAGAAAUAAGAAGAGAAAAUAAAAUUGGAGGAAGAGAAAAAUAGAUUAAAUAAAGAAAGACAAAUGGAGAACUAUAAACAAUGGAUAGAUAAUGAAGAUGCAUUUUUUGAGAAGGUUGAAAAGCUGAGACCUUUGAUUAGAAUCCAAUAAUAAAGAGAACUUCCCUUUGAUAAGUUUGUUAGAAUUUGUUGCAUUUAUAAAGUAUAAUAAAUUUAAUAUAAAUUUAGGGUUAAAUUGGGCAUCAGAAACAAUUAGAAUAAAUUAUGCAUAAUCCAUCUUAAUUUAUCAAGACUCUAGGUCAUGAGGAUCAAAAAGUAAUACUAAAUGAAUCAAAGAAAUAAUUUGCCAUAGAAAUAGACAAUAAAAGUAAUUUCCAAGAUUAUUGGGCAUCGAUUAUAUCAAUAGCUUAAGCAGAAGUAGAGUGGAGAGAACAAAAGGAAAAAGAUCCAAAAUGUCCAAAAUUUGGAAUACAGAGUGAAUUCAAAUAGGAUAUCAAGAAAAUGUUUUAAGGCAAGUCAAGAGAAGGAUUAGAUGAAUUGGAGGGAGAGAUAAAUCAAAUGUUGAAUUAUGGAGCAGAAUAUAAAAUAGAUUUUGACUAUUGGGAAAAGAUUUUAAAGAAAUUAAAAGUUAUUAAGGCUAAGACUAUAUUAAAAAAUUAUUAUAAGGUUUUUUGUAAGGAUCUAAAAUAUAAGAGUAUGAGGUAAGACAAUUAAUUAGUAUUGGAUGUAGGAAUCAAUACAAAGGAUAUAUAAAUCAAUGUAGAAAGAAAUGCCACAGAAAAAUAACAUUAUUAGGUUGAAAUUUAAGAAUAAACAGAAUAUGAAUGUGUUAGUCCAGAUCCAGUUGAUUGUGAUGAAUUUAUAUUGGAAAAUGAUGAUUUAAAAUAACUAACUGAUUAGAGAAUUACAAUUUUAACUGAAUUCCUAAACAAUGCAAAAAUUGAACUAGAAAAGUAAUAAUUGAAGAAGAAGAAAGAGAAGGAAAAGGAAAAGGAAAAACAAAAGGGAAAGUAAAAUAAAUUACCUGAAUUUUCAAUUCCAAAUAAUAGAAAAUUGGAAGAUAAUGUUGAAGGAUUAGAUAUUUUAGCACAACAAAUGUUUGAAUAUGAAAGAUCAAAGCCAUUAGAAGAGGAUGAAGUAUAUUUUAAUGAAGUUGUACCUUAAAGAUAAGAACCAUCAUGGAGUUAAAAAUAUAAAUUGAAACGUCCUUAAUAUUUCAACAGAGUUAAGAUGGGUUUCGAUUGGAAUAUGUAUAAUAAAACUCAUUAUGAUGUUGACAAUCCUCCUCCCAAGACUAUUCAAGGAUACAAAUUUAAUGUCUUCUAUCCAGAAUUGAUAGAUAAAACUUAAGUAUUAUUCCAAUGUUAUUAAUUUUAGGCUCCUAAAUACACUUUGGAAACUUGUGAAAAUCCAGAUUAUUGCAUUAUCAGAUUUAUUGCUGGUCCUCCCUAUGAGGAUUUAGCGUUUUAAAUUUUAUGCAAAGAGUGGGAUUAUUCAGAUCGUAUGGGUUUUAAAUCAGUGUUUUCUAGAGGAAUCCUUCAUUUAUGGUUUAAUUUCAAGAAGCCUCGUUAUAGGAGAUGAUUU